UACCGCACAAUCCGAGUCCAAAAUUAAGUGGAUCAGAUCAUUUCUCUGUCCAGCUACUAGCCACAAAUGGACGGCUAAAAACAUGUCUGGUCACAGAACAUGAAAAAAAUGGCUGAUCUCAUAGAAUUCCCUAACCCAUCGAUGUCCUUGCAUAGAUCCUUCAAGCACCUAUAUCCAUAAAAAUGAUGCUCAUCCAUCCACGUGGCAACAAUUCAAACAAUUCCCGCUCUAUCCUCUCCCGCCUCGCAACUCUCUGCAAGCAAGAGAAGAACCUCCAACAAGCCAUUUCCCUCGUACAAGCUCUCAACCAUAGCAAAACACGCGUCCCCAAUCCAAUCCUAACCUCUCUUCUACUCUUUGCAUCCAAAUCCAAAUCCCUCAAAUACGCCAUCGAAAUUCACGAUGCCAUCCCACAAAAUGCUCCCCCCUUUCUAUCUGCCCACCUUAUCAGAACGUAUGAUUGCUGUGGCAGCAUUAAACACGCACGGCAGGUUUUCGAUGAAAUUCCCCGACCAGAUAUCUACUCAUGGAACGCCAUCAUCCGUGCCUACUCCAAGCGCGGCCUCUUCCAAGAUGCUUUGGGUCUUUUCCGUCGCCUCCUCAGAUCGAACGUCUUGCCUGAUGACUUCACAUUUCCUUGUGUUUUGAAAGCUUGUGGCGAUGCCAAGGACCUUUUGGAAGGAAAGACGAGUCAUGUCUUUGUUUUCAAGAUGGGUUUUCGGAGGAUGGUUUUUGUGGAUAAUGCUUUGGUUUCAAUGUAUGCGAGAUGUGGGUGCAUUGAGGAUGCGCGUAAGGUGUUUGAUAGAAUUGGGAGGAGGGAUGUUGUGUCUUGGAAUUCGAUGAUUUCAGGGCUGGGUGAGAAUGGCCUGUGGCAAGAAGCUUUGGUGGUAUUUUCCGAGAUGGAGCGGUCAGGAGAAGGGGUUUUGCCGGAUUGUUUUACAUUUGCUAGUGUGUUUAAGGCUUGUGGGGAGUUGGGUGACCUGGAGAGGGGGGUUUUGAUUCAUGAACUAGUUGGAAAAUUGGGUUUUGGGUCGGAUGUGCUGGUCAACAAUGCGGUUGUUGGUUUUUAUGCAAAGUGUUGCCGAAUGGAUCUUGCACUUCAAGUAUUUGAGAAAAUGCCUGCGAAAGACGUCUUUUCUUGGACAUCUAUGAUCGCGGGGUACCAAGAAAGAGGUGAUGAUAAUGAAGCUUUGAGGUUCUUCAAGGAGAUGUGGGUUCAUAGCCUGAAGCCCAACCAGGUCACUUUUACUAGUGUUCUUCCUGCUUGUGCCCAGUUAUCUGAUAUUUAUAUGGGACGAGCAAUUCAUAGCCUUUUGAUUAUAUGUGGCUAUGAUGUAGAUGAGUUUGCUUCAUGUGCUCUAAUCGAUAUGUAUUGCAAGUGUGGAGACUUGGAGGACGCCAACCGAUUGUUCAAGGAAAUGCCUGAGAAAGCUAUUGUCUCAUGGAAUUCAAUGAUUUCUGGGCUUGGGAUGAAUGGGCAUGGUAAAAAAGUAGUAUCUCUUUUCAAAGAAAUGGAAAAAUCAGUCACAAAACCAGACCAUGUGACAUUUGUUGCAUUGUUGUCUGCCUGUGGCCACUCUGGAAUGAUAAAUGAAGGUCUUCAUUACUUUGAUUGUAUGAUUAACAGGUAUGGAAUUCCAGCCAAGACAGAACACUACGCUUGCAUGGUUGAUCUUCUUGGUCGUGCAGGUAGGUUAGCUGAGGCCUAUGAGCUUAUUAAGAAGAUGCCAUUUGCUCCUGAGGCUGAUGUUUGGGGUGCUUUGCUUGGUGCUUGUAGGAUCCAUCGUAACAUUGAAUUGGGAGAAUUAGCAGCGGAGAUGCUUUUUGAAUUGAAGCCUCAAAGGGCUGGGUAUUAUGUCUUGAUGUCAAACAUUUAUGCAGCGGCAGGGAACUGGGCUAUGGUUGAGAAGGUGAGAGAUCUGAUGAAAGAGAAGGGUGUAAUUAAAAACACCGCUUGUAGUUGGGUCGAGAUGGGCAAGGUCUUGCAUGUAUUUGUAGCAGGUGAUAAAGAGCAUCCGCAAUCCGAUUUGAUAUAUGAGAUGCUUGAAAUUUUGGAAAACCGAAUGAGGGAAUUGGGUUACUCUGCAAAUACCGACUUUGUGUUGCACGAUGUUGAUGAAGAGGAGAAGAGGAUUUUGUUGUGUGGGCACAGUGAGAGGCUUGCGGUUGCUUUUGGGCUUAUCAAUUCUCCACCUGCCAUCCCCAUUAGGGUUACCAAGAACCUUCGAAUAUGUGGUGAUUGCCAUAGUGCGCUCAAGAUCAUAUCUAAAAUUGUUGGACGGGAAAUCAUUGUUAGAGAUAUAAUUCGAUUUCAUCAUUUUAAGAAUGGAACUUGUUCUUGCAAAGAUUAUUGGUGAUCGUGAA